AUGGAUGAGGAGUUUGGGUUUGAAAGAUCAGUUGAUGAGGUUCGAACUGUGAUAGAUCACGCCAAGCUGGUAGAGAGCGACUUGAAACCGGUCAGUCAAGUUGUAUCAUUCAGUCCACAGCUUUUAGUUUNCUAUCAAUUUUGUACAAUUAAAUAUUUAAUUCUUGUGAGUAGAGGAGAGGAGGAGGAGGGGGUCGUUUUAUGUUCUAAAGACAAAACAUACGAUGUGAAGGAAGCUGAAACUUCUAACUCUCUUCUCAUCCUUACCAACCUAUCUUUAGCUCAGGAAGUUGGUAAAGGUGAAGAGCGGAUGCUAGAUCAGGUUGAAGUCAGUGGAGUUUUCUACAAAUACUUAGAAAUUAAGGAGAUCCGACCUAAGCUAGAAAAACUUCGAGAACUUCUGAAUAAUAAUAUACUAGAUGAAAACACUGUCAGGGAAGGGUGUGAUCUUGUGGACAGUGGAAUAUCUAAGAAUACGUUAUUAAAUAUUGUUCAGGCAAGUGAACGCGAGCUUGACGAGGGAUUGAAGAGUUUUGAAGCGGUUCAAUACAAAGGGAAAUGGUUUGGUUUGGAUCAAGAGUUCCAAAUGAAAGCUCUCUCUUUCCUUCUCAGAUUUUUCGAUGAAAAUUCCUGGACUCUGGAUUGUGUAGAGAAAAAGGAAAGUAUUGAAACUCUAAAAGAUCUUGUCGACAAAGAGAUACUAAGCCAGGUGUUUGAUAUUUACUGCACACCUAUGCUGGGAGGAGAAGAAAACCAGUUCUCAUUGGAUAAAAACAAAGUUGCCAGAUUUUAUGGAGACUAUCUUCUGUCUCCAGGGACCAAUUUCACUGAAGAUGAAUUUCUCGAGAUGUGGCAAAAGGCUGUACCAGAGGGGAUAAAAACGGAUAUAUCUCAGCUCUCUGGAUUAGCACUAAUAGACUCGCAGUCUACUCCCAGCAGGAUUAGGAGGUUUGCUGAAUCUGAUCUUCCAAACAAUAUUCCAGACCGACUUAGCGCCCUCUUCUCAGCCAGGGAACGUUGGAACCUAGAGGAUAUAUCUCCGUUCAUCCAACCUUUGACUACUCCUAAACAGAACGUGAACGCGCUUCUCACAAAGCACGCACGCGCGGUCAACUCCGCCGGAGCCAAGUUCUUCUGCGCCAAACACGGGAAAUAGAGACUUGCAUGAUUGUAUAUUUAACAGUACCUGGACCUUAUCUAAAUAAAAGUAUUAUCGAAAUU